AUGCCAUUCCGGUUAUUGCUUCAGAGGGAUCUUCUACUGACUUCGAAUGAAUGUGUGUUAUAUAUUAAAUUAAAUCACAAAUCAUUAAAUCAUCAAUAUUAUAGCACGGUGGAGGUACUAACGACGUUGACGCACGAGAACGGCAAACUGUUCAUGAAGCUGCAUCAGGUAGAGCCCAAGGGGCAGUCAAAUUUUAUCAAUGCAAUUAAAGUGGCACAUUUGGCGCUCAAGCAUCGGCAGAACAGAAAUCAUAAGAUGCGAAUCGUCGUUUUUAUUGGCAGCCCAAUCGAUCAUCUCGAUCCUGCUGAAGUAUGCUGUUCCGAUUCGAAUAAAAGCGAAAUUAUGGGGCAGUUCGUUGAAACACUCAAUGGCAAAGAAGGAAGCGGGUCGAACUUGGUCGUGGUCCCAGCAAGUUCUUCGCUUACUGAGGCUCUUGUAUCUUCACCAGUGUGCCGUGGAGAGGAUGGUGCUGCCGCGCCAGUAGUUGCUGCGGGUGGUGGUGGAUUUGAAUUUGGCAUUGAUCCCGAGGAUGAUCCCGAUCUGGCGCUGGCGCUUCGCGUCUCUCUGGAAGAACAGCGCCAGAGGCAGCGCGGUGGUGGUGCUGAUGAAACGCCUUCUCAACCCGCUGAUACUGCUGCGGGUCAGUCUAAUUUGUUAUUUUUGAGCUGA